GCGUCGUCUUGCGUCUCGAUUCGCAUCGCAUCUCGGUGUCGCGAUUUCUCGGCGCCUGGAGAUGCCGAGCAGUGUCGAUGGAUCGAUGGAUCGAGGGAUCGAUGUCUCGCCCGAUUUCGCCAUCCUCGCUCUCCGACCAUCACGUGGGCGGAGGAGCACCGAGGUCGCUGAUUUGUAUCAUGCCCCUGGAGGUCUACAGCCCGAUGCCAUUUCGCUUUCGAGCUCGUAUCGUCCACGAGACGCAGACCUUCUUGUUUUCGGAGCUUCGUGCGAUUUUCACAGCUGGGUAUGUUUUGUUUGAUUCGAGCCUGUAGAAGAAUCUUGGAAAUCCGCAAUUUUUUUCCCCGCAUUGUUCAUUUCCAGUCAAGGCUCUCGAGAGCAGUCCCUCGACAGCUUUCCGGACAGCAAGGACAGGGAUGCCGUGCCGCUCUGCGGCCAGAAAUGGGUUUCGGUACAGUUGUAGUAGGAGCAUAACUCAAAAGAUCAUGAUCGUAAAUGUUCAUACUGGAAGGCCUCCGAGCCUGGAUGAUCUGGAGUAGAGUCAUGGCGGCGUGGUCGUCGUCCACCCCUCUCAUUUUCGAAUGUAAAUCUCUUCACGUGGUGGCGAAGAGGAACUCGAGUGUAAGGUUGUGCGAGAGAGUGGAAAGUGAAGCACCACCGUACAGCAAAUUAUUGCAGAGGACUAAGACCAAUUUCGCUGAACAAUCUUGUGCUGGUCUCAGAAUUUUGGGUCUACUGCGGCAGUACGAAAAGAAAAAGUAACUUAAGGUCCGGGGCCCCACCGUGGUGGAUCCCGAGGCUGUGAAGAUGCCCUACAGACAGGCAGACAAUGUAAAUCGAUUUUUUGAAUUGCGUUCCUGGAGAAUAUGGUUUGAGCUCCGGACCAGAUUUACAAUGAGUUCGAAAUCCUACAUCGCAUCAUCUGGCCACCUUCGACGCAACCAAAUCAGUUGCCUGUCAUCUUCGCUGCGAUCGCCAUUGAGCAUAAUACAUGACGGGUAUUGUCUGGUAGGGGGUCAUCACGUGGAUCUUGCAUCCGAGAAGGUACGUACACAUCUUUCGUUCAUGGGCCAUUGUGGAGAAUUCUCCUGAAAUUCAUGAGAUGAUGGGAACUGGCCAGCGUUCGACAUCCAAGUGGGAGGGAACAACAACAUAAAUCAAAACAUCCUCAAUAUCUCAAGAUGAGGUGUGUGGUGAAAUUCUCACUCCGGUACCGUUACACGUGAGUGUCAAGCAAUCCCACACACUCCAGUCCUAUAUGUGCGUCCAUCGACAUAGUUCCUAUGAGGGCAAUGUAGAACGCCCAAUAAUUAUCACGUUGUGUCCAUCCCUACCAGUUUGUAGGCUCCUGCAUAGAUCGAAUCCACUUUUUAGUCCAAUCAGUCAUACAGUGGUUGGACAAGUUAUGUAUGCAGUUUUGCCUUUGUUUUUCUCACAACGAUAUUGGGUACGUCUUUUGGAUGCUUUCAAAAGCAAAAGAAGAGAUGUACACGUGGGUGGUAUUGGGCGCUCAUUGUAUUCCCUACCGGAUGGAUGGAAUGAAUCACCAUGAGAAAGGUUGGACCCCGGUACUCGUGUUCACUUUUCUUCUUUCCGCAUUAUUCAGCAAUCGCCUCGACCCAUUGGGUACCGAGGCUCGACAAUUCCUGGUGAUCGAUUUGAUGUACGCCGCCGACACCAAAAGGUUGUCGAGAGGCUUCCCUACCUCGAGGAGGUUACAGGCCUGAUUCUUCUUUUCUUGCCGCCAUCUACUCAUUGUUGAUAUUUCUCGAUUGGUCGCAAUUGGCUCUUGCCCUGCUACCUUUCGAAAGCCUGCUGUUAUAAGCAUAGCGUGCAGCGGAACAUGAAUAACAGUAAGUCUGGGGGUCCUACAACCCAAUUGUGUAGUCCAGACGACAUCAUACAUGGCACACUUCCAACGAGUAUCAUCCUGCCCGGCCCGUAUAACCUCACAUGAGACGUGGCUUUGAAGUUCCAACGAGAAGCAUCACUUUGGAGCUACGGAUGAAGCUCAUACGAAGUAGAAGCAGGAAACUUGGCGCAACAGCUUUUCUGCAGGUGUAAUUAGCCUAAAGAGGUGGUACAGUAGAGUCCGGAAAAGUUCAACCUCCCGAGGCAAUAAUGGAUUACUUUGAAACAAGUCUAUUCUUCAUACAACAUUGACUCACAGCAUCCACAGACAUCACAAGCUUUUCUCAUGUUACUGUUGAGAGUAGUGUACAGAGUUACGUUGCCUAGGCUCCAAACGAUGACAGUCGUUAUACGACUGCUUCGGGAGCUUCAUUUAUGAGAAGAGACGCCUUCGCAGUAUCCAAAACUGGUUUCUCUUCACUCUUUUGGGCCCCAUCUAAACCAUGAGGCUCACCUUCACCGUUUGUCUCGCCUUUCACGUCACUGAUUUGUGAAGUAUCUUCUACUGACAUCCCAUUCUCUGGUGCACUAGACCUACUUUCCUCUUCAAUUCUAUCAAUCGUUUUGGCAAACGCUAUUAGGGGAGGUUCGGGGUUGUUCUCAGCAACUGGAAAAUCCUCCUCUCUUGGCCGGCACCAUAGGUACUGAGCAGCCUCAACCCAGGCCGGAUGCACCAAGAAUUUUCCAUGCUUCUUGGCCCAGCGUGCCUUGUCUGUUCCUCGAUCCAAAGCCACGAUGUGUGUGGCAGACGGAUGCAAUGUGUUGGAAGAAGUGGCUCCUAGUUCUUCUGUCAAUCGCCAAAAGGGAUGAGAUUCCAUGUCGGGCAUCCCUGAGGGGAAAAUGCGGCUGAAAACGACUCGGCAGCCCUUCAAGGUUCUUUUCCUCAAUGUUUGUAGUACCUGCAUUACGGCCAGCUUGCAUGUGUUAUCGAGGAUAAAACAUCGUAUUUAACACACGAAAUCAAUUUCACUUCAAGUCGGAACACACCGGGGAACGGGCAUGAGGGUUUACACACGUUCAAACAUGGUGGAUUGCAUCGGCUGCCGCAGACGAUGAUGUGGUGGUCUUUGAGGUGUCCCAGUCCACGUUUACGUCAUCAAUCUUUCUAGACAUGCCUCAAGCUGACAAUCUACUUAGUAGUCUGUGCGUUCAAGUCAGCAUGGUUAAGCCAAAGCUACAUUCCAACGCAAGAUGCUCUAAGUUGCCUAACUUGAACUGUUAGAGGGUGGCUUCGUAUGCUGAAAGCUCGUUCCCAACAAUCUCAGGAAAGCUUCUCUGAGGUUCGGAACAUUAUUGCUUUCGACGAAGGUAGUGAGGACAGUGUAAGUACAGUAAUUACCCUCUACCUGGCUCGCGCUAGUAACCAGCAAACUUCGAAUUCUCUUGCCAAAGUAGUACAUAAGAAUGGAUACGAUAUAGUGCUAGAACAGGUAAUGACCAAAAUUUAACUGCUGACUGACGUCUCAGCUCGUAGGCAGGUCAUCAGUAUCCUUCCUAAGGUUGAUCUGGAAAGAAUGAUUGGCGACUUUUCAAGUUGUUUGUAGACUGUUUGAUAGAUAAUACCCACGAAGUUCCAUUUAAUUUCGCGGUUGAAGAUCAAAAGUCUUGGUUGGCGUUCAUUCGCCUGCUGUCUGUUGCUACUGUUCCCCGUCCAUAAACAGCAGUCGUUUAUUAUAUUCUUUCCUUAGUCGUAUUAUCACAUGUCAUCAGCUCGACAAACCUUUACAUUUGGUGCUACAAGUCACGUAUGUUCUAAACUCUAUUACCAGCAAAUAAAGGUUGCGUCUCAAUAUAAUUCUGUACAUUGUUUUUCUG